AUGCACCCCUUUGAGCCGCCGUCCGCGAACCGGCUCAGCGCCGCCGCGGCGCAGCUGGGCGCGGCGCCGCUCCCGGCGCUGGCGCUCAGCGUAUUUGUGGCGGGCCUGGAUGGCACAGAGCAGGCAUCAGGGCCGAUCUUAGGAGCGAUCGUGCAAGAGGGCGACGGAUGGUGCCACGACGAGUACACCUGGGAGGCGCCCUUGCAGCUGCUAGCGGUCUCAGAGCCGCUGGUGCGGGCGCUUGCUGCGGCCGAUGCACAGCUGCCGGUGCGGCUUCUGCUGGCGCCGGCGCUGGCGGGCGGCGACGUAGGGCGCAAGUCGGCGCCGGGGUCGGCGGUGCAGGCUGCGAAGGAUAAAGCUGCCGCAGCUGCAGCUGCAGCGGCGCCGCCGCCGAUCCAGGGCGCAUUCAACCUGGAUGCUUCCAGCCUCCUGGUGGGGGACUCCAGCUGUCGUUUUGAAUGGACACAGGGCGACAGCAGCGACGCGCGCGACGGCGACAACAGCGGCGACGGCUCGGCCCGCUCCAAAGGCGCCGGGGGGCUGUCGGCGCAAGUGCUCGAGGGGCUUGUGAGCGGGCACCUGGCGCAGCUGACGGUCCGGCUGCAGCUGCUGCGGCCCCCACCCCCACCGCCCCAACCGGACCCGGCCGAAGCAAAGGCGGCCGCCGCCAAGCGCGGCGCCGCGCCCCGCGCGCCGCCCGCUGGCGAGGCGGCGGGGGCGCCCGACGCGGCGGCUGCGGCGGCGGCGGCUCAGCCUGGGGGGGAGACGGCAACGCUGAUGUCAGCAGACUUAGCGGUGCGCCUCAAUCCCAUCGUGGUCUCAGCCCGCAAGGCCAAGCGCCUGCCUGACGCGCCCGCCACUACAGAGCAAUUGGACGCCCGCUGCCGCCCCGUUGCGCUGCGCCUGUGUUGGCCGCCGGGCGCGCCGCCGCGCGAGCAGCGUGCGGCGGCGGUCGGCCCAUGGGCGCCGCGCGCCGCCGGCGCGCCGGCGACGCGCGCGGCCGUGUUUGGGCGGCCGUGCGUGCUGAUCGGGGGCGACGCGGGCGGCGCGGCGGGGCUGAGGCAGCUUCUACGCGACUUCCCGCUGCUUCUGGAGGUCCAUGACAGGUCAGCAGUGGCUGAACCCCCGGAGUUCCCCAUCCCAGGCGCAGAAGACGGCGCCGCGCAGCAGGCGGACGACGAGGGCGACGGCUCAGUGUAUGCAGCUGCUGCAGUGCCAUUGGCCAAGCUGUCGCGCGGCGCGGCGGCGGCGCUGGCGUUUGAGGCGCCGCUGCUGCCAAAGAGCACGAUCCACGGCGCCGCCAGCCCCGACUGGCGCAGCCGGCCGGGGGCGUAUUCGGAGCCCCCAUCCAGGGUCAGCACGGCGCAGGCACAGCAGCGCAGCGCCCCGCCAGACGCGCCCGCGCAGCAGCCGCAGGCGGGCGGCGCGGCGGCCGGGCAGCAGCAGCAGCAGCAGCAGCAGCAGCAGCAGCAGCAGCCGGCGAGCCAGCCGGCGGCCGCGGGGCCCGGCUGGCCGGGCCCGCUGCCGCCGUCAGUGGUCGCAGCCGUGAAGCUGCAGCUGGCCCAGGACGCCGCAGCAGCAGUGCCCGGCGCAAGUGCGCCCGCCGCCGGCACCGGCGCCGGCGACGCCGCCGCUGCCGUUGGAGGCGGUGCUGGCGCUCAUGUGGGUGGAGUCGGCGGGGGCUUCUGCCGCGCCGUAUUUGUGUUUGACAGGCGGGACAGCGACCUGUUUCACCUUCUGAACGACACCGUGCGGCAACACAAUGCCGUCGUUUUGGGGCAUGCGAGGCCGGCGGCGCUGGCGGCUGCGAGCGGCCGAGCGGCGGUCGCGCCUGCUGCCGGCGGCCUGCGGCAGCAGCAGCAGCAGCAGCAGCAGCAGCAGCAGCAGCAGCAGCAGCAGCAGCAAGCGACUACGCAAGGGCCGCGAGGGUCGUUGGCUGCGAGCGCGUCCGCGCGCACGAGCCUGGACGUGUCGCCCAAGGGGCCGCCACAGCAGCAGGCGCAGGCCGGCCCGCGGGCCAGCUGCAAUGCUGCUCCCCCGUCGCAGCGCUCGUCGCUCGUGUCCCAGCGCCCCUCACUCGCCACCCCUGGCAGGACAAAUCCGUCUGCAAACGCGGCGACCGCACCCAAGCAGCCUGCCGGCCAGCGGUCGUCCCUGGCCGCGUCCACGCAGCGGGACGGGGCGCCGCGCGAGGGCGCCGCCGGCGCGGGCCGCGCGGGCGCCCGGGCGCUGCGCUUCGCGGACGAGGCGGGGUCCGAGGGCGGCAGCGACGACGCGUCCGAGGUUGAGCCGACCGAGGCGGACCUGCGGCUGGACGAGGCUCUGCUGCAGUACGAGGGUGUGGCGCUGGACGGCCACCUGCUGCAGGCGCGGGGACAGGGCUCGUGA